UAAGAAGAAGAAGACUUCCUUCAUUAUUUCUCACAUCAAACAAAAUCUUUGAAACAUUUCAAUCUUAUAUAUAUGGCUCCAUUGUUGCAUCAGGUUUCUAAUUAUGGUUAUGGUAAGUGUGUAACCGUACGCUUCUGUGAUGGCAAGACGUAUGAUGCCAAGGAUGGAGAGUCUAGGGCAAUUAAUAGAGAUCUUAAUGUUGGUGCUGUUAAGAUUUAUAGAGACUCUAAAGAUGAAGAUCAAGCGUAUGUGCUGAAUUACUUCCCUUAUAAUCUCGAGCUUAAUGAUAAUCGUGGUAAGAAUAAAGGUCUUCAAGGUUAUCGUGUUCUUAUAUGGAAGCAGUACGGCACUAUUAAUCUAGAUGUAUUUUACGAUGAAAUGAAGAUUUGGUGCAAAACUAAUGAUUUAGGGAUAUAUACUUCCGAUGGAGAACUGAAAUAUUAUAAGUCUGUUAUUGCACGUCAUCGUGAGGAAGGAGGUAUCAGCGUUAUAGGUUUUGAAACAGCCGAAGGAGCGACUACUGCAGCUGCUAAAAAGGAAGAAGAUGAAAAUGAAGAAGCAUCGGCGAAGGUGAAAGAAGCAAAUGAAGAAGAAUCGACUAAUGCAUAAGACGGCCCAACCCAAAAUACCAUCAAGACUAAGUCACAUUUGACUAAGUAUCUCGUUUUUCCUUUUAAUAAAGCUUUGCAAAUAACAUUGUGGAUUUGUGUUUUUCUCUUUGAGGACAGAAACCAUGUUUCCUUUCUAUUGCUUUGUGCUUCCAAGUUUGUAGGAGUUGAUACUCCAAUAUUAUACAUUGUGAACAAAACAAAAAAAAUGAAUAAGUAUGUGUUUGCUUUUUGA